GGUGGAUAGGUUGGUUCUGGCCAUAGGAGGUUUUGUUCGUAGAGGGGCUAUCGUGGCGUUUCUGCGCUGCAAAAUUAUGCAUUAGCGUCACCUCAAUUAGGUUACUGAACCUACCAGACGUCAAGGAACAUGUUUGCAUGAUCACAACGUGUCAGGGCCCGAUAAUGGUUUGAAUCAAACCCGAAAGCUAAUUCUCCUUCAAUUAUGACACGCUAUUAUAUGAAAAGUAGCCCCAUUGUGAUUUCCACUUGAUUUAAUGGGAUUUUCAAAUUUAAUGUUUUGUUUGUGGUGGCUGAUAGUUCUACUUCUUAUGUUGACUUAGUUUUGUCUGAUUAUUACUAGCGUUACCACUCUAAAUGACCAACCAUCUUCACAUGUGCUUUCCAUUGAUCUAAUUAAAGCUUUAUAUUCCCUUUCUUUCAUUGUGAACCCAAAGAUAAGUGUGAAGAAAAAAAAACCUUCACAACUUCAGAUCCCGUUUCGUACCUUGGCAGUUUCCCUCUUCCCAAUAACGAAAUUUAACCGAGUAAUUGUUCUGCUCAAUGGCUUCUAACCAUUACAAGUGUAUACGUCUCCAGUUAUCAAUGUUCAAGAAAUGCUUUAGGCUCACAUGAUUCUAAUCCCCAAAUUUUGCAAAUCUUGUUUCAGUGUGAGGACAUCUGUGAUGCUCGGUGGAAUCAUAUUCUCUGCUGGCGUGUACUUGACUGGAUAUGCGUCAAACAUAUACCUCCUCUUCCUAUACUACGGACUUCUACAAGGUGUGGGACGUGGUCUGUUCAGUGGCCCCGCCCUGGUUAUUGUUAACAAGUACUUUGACAAGCAUCGGAGUCUGGCUACAGGCCUGGGCACGUCGGGAGUGGGGGUUGGUACGUUUGCGAUUACAACUCUUACACAAUACCUCUUCGACAACUACGAUUUCCAAAGUAUUUUUCUCAUUCUGUCCGGAGUGGCUCUACAUGUGUUGCUCGUAGCAAUGUUAUUUAGACCUCUCAGUUGGAGUAAAAAGUAUCAAAGUAUUAACAAUAGACAACACAGCAACAAAAAGACUGAUAUUCCCACCAUAUCACAAACCAGAAACAGCAUUUCGUCGUCGACCCUCUAUGGUCUUCAGAGUACUGAGAGUUUGGACAAAGAAUCCAGUACCUGUAGCAGUGAAUAUGGACACUUUGAGAGAUCAACAAAUGACCUGCUCACUAUGGAAGAUGGCAAAUCCAGAAAAUCACAGGAAAAAGACAAAAGUAAGAAGGAUGACUCAGAGGAAAACUAUGACUGCUGCUUGAGAGACACCUUUCAAAUCCUCUUCCCUGUGGACAAUAUUGACGGGGUUAAAAAGUCGGAUAAAAAAUUGUUUGAAUUUCAUUUGUUACGUAAUCCUUCUUUUUUAUUGUUUUGUAUUAGUAUCCUUUUGUUCACCAUGGCUUUUAAAGCGGCCUUCACCUUUAUGGCAGCACUCGCGGAGUCUCGAGGGAUCUCCCCAACCAACGCUACUCUCAUCCUCUCCAUCGCUGGGGCUACAGACACUUUCGGGCGUAUCGGCGCCGGCAUAAUCCUAGGCUUUCCGCGUUUGCGAUCGCUUCGGCAUAUUUUCUUCAACUUCUUUGUUUUUGCCAUUGCAUCCAUUUCAUUUGUUAUGCCCUUGCUUCAGAGCUUCGUCUUCUUCUGCAUUGUCUGCGGUCUGUACGGCAUUUUAACAGGUGCUUACGUCUCACAGAAGUCUGUAGUCCUGGCUGACAUGCUGGGAGCAAAGCAGAUCUCAAGUUCCUUCGGGAUGCUUAUCUGUUUCCAGGGCUUUGGGACUCUCCUUGGAGUGCCUCUGUCUGGUGCUCUUAAAGAUUUCUUUGGAAAUUACGAUGGGGUUUUCUACCUGGGUGGAGCCAGCAUGGCGGUAGCAGGGAUACUUAUGCUUGCCAGCAACAUCGUGCUUUGGAGGCAAAAGCGUCAAGAGAAAGAGGAGAACGCGUCAUCGACAAAACAAUAA